AAAUGGGUGCUCAUUGCUGAAGAUGAAAGCUUUGCCUGUACUGGAAUUAUAUGUCUCAGGUCUUCAGGCGGUCUGGAAUGCAGUAUAAAAGCCUAUACAACACAAGACUCUUCCAUCCACUUCUCUUGCCUUAUUCGCCCAGGUGAACAGACAUCUCUCUGUCCUGCAGCCAUGUCCUCUAAUGACCUGUGUCCUCCCACCUCCUGUGGCCCAACGCCACUCGCCAACAGCUGCAAUGAGCCAUGUGUCCGGCAGUGCCAGGAAUCAACGUACGUGAUCCAGCCGCCUCCUGUGGUGGUGACCCUGCCUGGCCCCAUCCUCAGCUCCUUCCCUCAGAACACCGCUGUAGGAUCCACCAGCUCGGCUGCUGUAGGCAGCACCCUCAGCUCUGAGGGAGUCCCCAUCUCCUCUGGGGACAGCUCUUCGGGAUUUGGAAGCUUUGGCUAUCCAGGUCUGGGCAGUGGGUACAGCCGGCCCUAUAAUCGCUACAACACCUACCGCAGUGGCUUCUGUGGGCCAUGCUAAAGCAUGAGGAGCAACCAGGAAGAAAUGACCAGAAACGCUGAAGCACGACCUGACGCAGGAGAGAGCUCAUGGCCAUGGUUUUCAGAUGUGGUGUUAGGCCCCCACAACUCCACCUGAAGUGAAUGGAGCUGUGGGAGCUUGGCAUCUCCUAAAAUCAGGCAUUUGCUUGUGUUAUUCUUUGAAUACUUCAUAUUUCUGAUGAAAAUUUUUUUCUUCUAUUGCUGUAGAUGGGACUUCAUUGUUUCAGUACACAGCAGCAUUGAGAAAAGAAACCUAGGAUGAAAAGACAUAUUAGCUAUUGUCUUACUGACUCCUAGAAAUAUUUGCUUACACUUUGUACUUUUU